UUUGGGAACCGUUGCUAUGAAAUCAACACUUCCACACUUUGUGGUUUGUAGACCUGAAACAUUUUCUUCUUUGCAGUAUUCCUCAGAUCAUACAGAAGUGCAAAAGCUGAAGACAGAUUUUUUUUUUUUUUUUUUUUUUUUGAAACUAUAACAUUUGAAGGGAUGCAGGUCCAUUCAGUUCCUCUUCACUCUGUUAACAUUGGUGUUCCUUCAUGGCGCAUUAAGACUGUCCGCUCCAUACAACGAACAGAACGCCUGGUGCAGGAAACUUGGCCCGGGCAGUCAAAGACCUGUAUCACUGGUGUUUUUACCCCAAAUACCACCGCGGACACAGUGGCCAUAUCUAAAGAUGAGAUUUCAGAGCAGCAAUGUGAAGAUACAGUCUGCAGAAACGAGCAUAGGCCCCAAACUGCUGGAGUAACAGUGAGUAAAAUCAGCUGUAUAAACUUGCCUUUCAUUCUGAAGAAGAAUAAACCACAGUCUUGUAAAAAAUUAUUUUUGAUUCUAACUGUUUUAAAGUUUCCUGACUCCAGCCUGAGGAUGCCUGUGGUCCUGUUUCCACCAAGCAGCUUGCGUGAGCACUGUGCAGGGGCCUCCUCCACGGUGGCUUUUAGGUACAUGCGCAUGGUGCGGGACGUGGAGGCUCAUCUGCGCAGAGAGGCUGGCAGGGUGAUGCAGGAGAGCAUCAAGCUGGACAAGGAGCAGAAUCACCUGAAGAUGAUGCUGAGGAGUCUCACGGCACAUCUGACCAUCAACAGGAGGAGUGCUGAUGGCAGGACCAGGAGACCUUCUCCUGCUGAGACUGAGAGAGAUGGUGCUGACUGUUUACUGGCAUAUGAGAGGAGAGAGCUGGCAGAGCUGAAACUGAAUCUGGAGAGAGUGCUGAGAAAUGCACUGAGCCAACUACAGGCUCUGGCUCAGUGCAGCAAACGGCUGUUGGACUGUGCCAGUGAGCGGGCUCGAGUCCUGGACCUGCUUCCUCACACCGCUGGAGGACAUGGUGCUGCAGCUAAGACCUUCACCAGACCCAACCCGGUUGGACCCUUUACACCAGGUAUCAGAGUGGAGGAAGAAACUAACAGCAGGAAGAGCAGAUUGGGGCGAAAAAGCAGCUACAGAAAGAAUAUCGAUAAAGGAAAGUGUGAGUUGACAACAAGUGGCAAGUUCUGGGCCCAGCUCAGUAAACUUUGGCCGUCUCUAAAGCAUACUCGCAAAUUAGCGGACAUGCCAGUUCUUGCACCAGCUAAUGAUGAACAGGCUUUAUCAUUGACCAAUUCAACCAUCAGCCAGUCGCAACUGCUCAGGAAAGACAUCAGACAGAUGCUUUCCAGCGCCAUCACCAGGCAGAAAGCUGCUCACCGUGCAGUCAAUGAUGGCCUGGGUGAAGAAAUUGCAGAAACAGUCAGUCUGCAGCAAAGUCUGACUUUAACAGCGGCAGCAGCCAGGCAGGCAAUGUUUCGAAAGCAGAGAGAGAUCAACUUAAUUCGCUAUAGCCACGGCACAGCACAGGGUCCAGAGUGCAGCCGAGACGUGCAGUCCAGAGAGAAACUAACCAGGCUUCUGCAGGUGUAUCAGAGACAUCCGGGGACGUGGUUACCAGAGGCUUCUCGUCUCAUACAGGGCAGUGCAGUGCUGAGACGUGGUCUGAUGACCUCUGAGGGCGAGUUAUCCAGGCUGCAGCGUUCUUCUCUGCAGCUGAUGGACGACAUGCGCAGAAAGAAAGCAGCAGCUGAAGUGGACGCUGCAGUGGUCCGCAUGAGACGCCGACAGGUUGACAGAUGAGCCAUGCCUACUUCCCUCCAGCAGGCAGCGUGCUCAGACCAACUCCCCUUAACAUGUGCUCAGUAGAGCUGCAGCCAGCAUGCAAGUUGAGAGAUGCAGGUUUGAGUAAACUAUAUUGUUGUAAGUUAUUUUUAAAUAAUAUAUUGUAAAGCUGUGACAUGAUUCUUAUGGGCUGUACACAUGGAACUGCAUUAUCAAACUGCUUUUUUUCUCCUUUAUAAUUUUACAGUUAACAUUUAUAUGUGGUACUUUAUAAAUUUGUGGUACUUGCAUAAAUAUUAUGCACGUCCUCUCAAAAAUACAACUUUUGUAUGUUUUCAGAAAGUUAAAUGGUAAAACAUUUAUUAGCUUGUACAUCUGUGCUUAACGGGUUAUUUAAUAAUUAAAGUUUCUGACAGUAAAUGCCUAAUAAAUGCUCUCUGUUAUGAAGAACUACGAUUUAGUUGAAACGUUCACAUAAGUGUGUGAACAUCUACAAUCAUCAUGCGCACAGAUGACCAUCAAGUUGCAAUCCAGUCCCUUCAGACACAAAGUUGUGGUUGUU